AUGGAGGCACUUCUAGAUGAAAAGGUCCCCUUGGAGCUGGUCUUGGGCGAACGCGUGGGCGGCGCCUUUAAGAAUUUGUUGGAAGCAAAUGGAGUGGAGUUCAUUCCCAAUAUGGAAGCUUCAGAGAUCAUCACGCGGGACGGGAAGGUAACGGGGGUGCGUCUGAAGAGCGGGCGCGUCUUGGCAGCAGAUCGGGUCAUUGUGGGGAUUGGAGUUGUUCCUGAGCUGCCCCACAUCAGCAGCAGCAAACAGCUGCAGCAGGGAAACCGCGGCGGACUCGCUGUGGACCCCUUCCUCUCCUGCCCUUCGCACCCCACAAUUUUUGCUGCUGGAGAUAUCGCGAGCUUUCCCUACGUGAAAUCUGGGGAAGACAUUCGGGUGGAGCACUUUGCAACAGCAAUGGACCAAGGCCGUGUUGCUGCUGCUAACAUGUUGGGACUUAAUCGCCCUUUUGCUGCUUUGCCUUUUUUCUGGACAAUGCUCUUUGGCAAGGGGCUGCGCUACAUUGGCAACGGCUACGGCUUUGAAGAUGUAAUUGUAGAAGGAGAUCUUUCCAAAUUCCAGUUUGUCGCUUAUUAUACGAAGGGAGACAAGGUAAUAGCAGCAGCAACUAUGGGCAAAGACCCUGCCUGCGUGGCCAUCGGAGAAGCUUUGAAAGCCAACAUAAUGCCAACAGCAGCAGAACUUCGUAUGGGUCUGCAAAACUCCCAAGACAUCAUCAACAGAGUCAAGCAAAACGCCAUCAAGCGGGUUGCGUAA